CACGGGCGGCGGUAGCCGCCACAGAGGGACGAUGAGCGAGGACAAAGUGGUGGUGCUGGGCUCGGGCGGGGUAGGCAAAUCCACCCUGACCGUGCAGUUCGUGACUGGCACCUUCAUCGAGAAAUACGACCCCACCGUUGAGGACUUCUACCACAAGGAGAUCGAGGUGGACUCGUCGCCGUCGGUGCUGGAGAUCCUGGACACGGCGGGCACCGAGCAGUUCGCGUCCAUGCGGGACCUGUACAUCAAGAACGGCCAGGGCUUCAUCCUCAUCUACAGCCUGGUCAACCAGCAGAGCUUCCAGGACAUCAAGCCCAUGCGGGACCAGAUCGUCCGCGUGAAGCGGUAUGAGAAAGUGCCAGUCAUCUUGGUUGGGAACAAAGUGGACCUGGAAAGUGAGAGAGAAGUAUCGUCCAAUGAAGGCAGAGCUCUUGCUGAAGAAUGGGGCUGCCCCUUUAUGGAGACUUCUGCUAAGAGUAAAAUAGUGGUGGACCAACUCUUUGCAGAAAUUGUGAGGCAGAUGAACUAUGCUGCUCAGCCUGACAAAGAUGACCCAUGCUGUUCGGCAUGUAACAUACAGUAGCAUCCAAAUAUGGCUGUCCUGGAUGGGAUUAGCCCAAUGUUGUAGGUGAUAGAAAACUCACCUACUCCUCUGCAGGACACACAGGAUGUGUGGUGUUAAUCUACAGAGAACUGCAGCCCUUAUUCAGAAUUGAGCAGUGAUUGUCAGUUGAUAUCUCUGAGUAACAUUUGGGUUCAGUUACUACAGUUUUCACUAUUUGUCCUCAGUCUCCUUUCUGCAUCUGCAACUUUAAGGCAUAGUCCAUGGAUCUACAGGGUGACCUCAUUUGAAAGCUAUGAUGGCAUUGUCGCUGAGUUGACAGAAGCAAUUAUUGUAUAUAUUAAAAAUAACCAUAAGGGAGAAACCAGAAGAUUCCUAUGACCACUUACAAUUAAAAUAUUUUGUCUUCUUUAAAAAAAUAAGUAAAGGAGAAAUAUUUUCCCACAAGAGUACUGAAUUUCAGGAAAUGGGAUAGAGCUUCUAAA